UUGCAACAAAAGGGAGCAAGGAGCUAGCAGCCCAGAGGGAGGGAGCGGGAAGCUGGAGCGAGAGCGCGAAGGGAGGUAGGCAGGCCGGCUGGCGGGCACAGAGCCGAGGAAGGGAUCCGGACCGGGCCCGGCAACGCGCAAUGCUCCGGGUCGCACUGGCCGAGGCUGGGGCCAGGUCCGGGGGUCGGCGCUGAGACGGGAGGGGCCGCGCGGGAUGGAGCCGAUGCUGCCCGCGGCCGCAGAAACUUGAGCCGCAGCAGAUAAAGCUCUGCUCGGGUCUCAUCUUCUCCCCGCAAAUCCCCUCGCACUGCGGCUGCAGGACCCAGGCCUUCGGAUCCCCGCCGCUGAGCUCCUUCGGGGAGGGGGCAAAGGGGGGGUUGGCCGCGGCUUCCCGAGGCCAGCCCCCCCGGAGUGAGAGCCGCCACCAUGGCGGACGGGGCGCCCCGGCCCCCGCUGUAUCGCAGCGUCUCGUUUAAGCUGCUGGAGCGUUGGAGCGGCGGUCCCGGGCCGAGGGAGGGGGCCGCGGACAUCUCCGGGCUGCGGCGCCGCGCCUCGUGCCGACCGGCCGCGGCCGUCCCGGGCCAACCCACCCGGCGCGUGUCCAAGCUGGCGUCGGGGCCCCCAGCCGCCCCCGCGCAGCCGCGCCCGCUCCGAAGCCUCUCGCCGUCGGUGCGCCAACUCUCCCGGCGCUUCGACGCGCCGCGUCCGGACGACGACUCCACUGGGCCCCGGGACGGGGGCGUCUCCCCCGGGGCCGCGGAAGAAGCGGCGGAGGGCGCCGCGCGUGGGGCCUGGCCCAGCGUCACCGAGAUGCGCAAGCUCUUCGGUGGCCCUGGCUACAGGCGGCCCAGUGCCGACUCUGAGGCCUCCGGAACGCCCAGCCCCGAUGGUACCGCGUGGGAGCCCCCGGCCCGGGAGCCCCGGCAGCCUCCGACGCCACCUCCUCGGACAUGCUUCCCUCUGGCGGGCCUGCGUUCGGCGCGGCCGCUGCCUGGCCCAGGGACCGAGGGGAGGAGGCGGCGGCAGCAGCAGCAACAGGAGCGGGCGCAGCGUCCGGCGGAUGGUUUACAUUCUUGGCAUAGCUUCUCCCAACCGCAGGCUGGGGCCAGGGCCUCCUGCUCCUCCUCCUCCUCCGUCGCCUCCUAUCCUGUCAGCCGCAGCCGGGUUGCCAGCUCCAGCGAGGAGGAAGAGGAGGGCCCGCCGCCACCGCCGCCCGGGGCGCAGAGCCCGGCCUACCACGGCGGCCUCUCCUCGGGCAGUGAAGAGGACCAAGACGGUGAGGGCGGCCACUGCUGUGGAGGGAGCUCGGGGCCCACGCCAGGAAGCUCCCUCUUGGAUAAGGGCUGCAGGUCAGACAGUUAUGGGUUAAAUCUGGGCAGCAUGGACUCGGCUGGGGGAGCCAGGAGCCCGGAGCUCCCAACAUCUCCUACAGCCCCUAGCGAGGAAGGACACCAGGAGUGGGGUACUGGCUCGCCUCCCUUUGUGCCAGGACCCCAGGAGGGACUUCGGCCCUCGUCAGACACUGUAGGGGGAGCUUUCCGCGUGGCCAAGGUAAGCUUUCCUGCUUACCUGGCCAGCCCAUCAGGCUCCCGUGGUAGUAGCCGUUAUUCCAGUACGGAGACCCUCAAGGAUGAGGACCUGUGGGCUAGCCGGAGCUCUGGGAGCUGGGGUGUGUAUCGAUCCCCUAGCUUUGGACCUGGAGAAGGGCUCUUCCUAAGGCCCCAGGCUCGAACCCGCGGCAAGGGACCUGUGGGCACCACGAGGUCAUUGAGAGAUGGAGGAUCGGAAUUGGAUAAGAGCCGGCAGCGGAAGUCCCUAUCAAAUCCAGACAUUGCCUCGGAGACCCUGACAUUGCUCAGUUUCCUGCGCUCAGACUUUUCAGAGUUGAGGGUCCGAAAACCUGGUGGACGCCCUGGGGACCUUGGGAGCGCCCCCUUAGAUGGCAGAAACUCACCAUCAGCAGGUGGCCUGGUGGGGCAACUUGAGCCCAUGGCCCCCUCAGCCCCAGCAGCACCUGGCACCCGCCCCACACUCAAGGACUUGACUGCCACCCUGCGGAGGGCAAAGUCAUUUACCUGCUCUGAGAAGCCCAUGCCCCGCCAGCUACCACGCAUCGGUGCCCUGAAGCCCAGCUCCUCUGAGCUCCUGCUGGCAGGCCCAGGUGCCGAGGAGGAUCCACUGCCUCAUGUUGUCCAGGAUCAGUAUGUACAAGAGGCCCGUCAGGUUUUUGAGAAGAUCCAGCGCAUGGGUGCCCAGCAGGAUGAUGGAAGCCCUGACUGGGCAGGGGACAUGACCCGAGGGCAGCGGUCCCAGGAGGAGCUCUCCGGCCCGGAGUCCAGCCUGACAGAUGAGGGCAUUGGGGCGGACCCCGAGCCUUCUGUUUCAGCCUUUUGCAACCUGGGUACCACAGGGGUGUGGAGACCCCUUAACUCAUCUUCGGCGCAGACCAACCAACUCCCUGGGGCUGAAGACAGUCUGGGAGGGUGGUCCCUGGUGUCCCCUGAUAGCCCUCUCACACCAGGUGCCCUCCGCAGGAGACGCAAAGUCCCACCUUCAGGCCCUGGUGGGACUGAACUGAGCAAUGGGGAGGCAGGUGAGGCCUACCGGUCUUUGAGUGACCCAAUUCCACAGCGCCACCGAGCUGCCGCCUCUGAGGAGCCCUCUGGGUUCUCCAUGGAUAGCAACCUCCUGGGCUCACUGAGUCCCAAAACAGGGCUUCCGGCAGCUCCAACGGUGGACGAGGGCUUGACCAGCGGCCACAGUGACUGGUCUGUGGGCAGUGAAGAGAGCAAGGGGUACCAAGAAGUCAUGCAGAGCAUUGUUCAGGGUCCUGGUGCCUUGGGGCGUGUGGUGGACGACAGGGUUGCUGGCAAAGCCCCCAAGAAGAAAUCUCUGAGUGACCCCAGCCGCCGCGGGGAGCUGGCAGGGCCUGGAUUUGAGGGCCCUGGAGGGGAGCCCAUCCGAGAGGUUGAGCCCGUACUGCCGCCAUCCAGCAGUGAGCCUAUCCUUGCAGAGCGGCGGGCAGAACCAGAAGAGCCCAGUCCUGCCAGGGGCCGAGCACAGUCUGAGAGGGCCCUACCUAAGGCCCUGCCUGCCUCCCCCAGUGCCCACUGUGACUUCCCCCUUGACGCUAAACUGGCUAAUGUUCUGUCCCCACGGCUCAUCCGCCGUGGUUCCAAGAAGCGCCCAGCCCGGAGUAGUCAUCAAGAGCUGCAGAGAGAGGAGGGCAAUCAGGACCAGACUCAGGCCCGACCUUCCUCCAGACAUGUUCGCCAUGCCAGUGUGCCUGCUACCUUCACUCCUAUUGUGGUGCCUGAGCCACCGACUUCUGUUGGCCCCCCUGUAGCUGUGCCGGGCUUCCCUGCCCGAGCCCACCCCACAUUGCAGGCACCAUCACUUGAGGACGUCACUAAGCAGUACAUGCUGACCCUCCACUCUGGCGAGGUGCCAGCCCCAGUGCCAGUGGAUAUGCCCUGCUUGACUCCAGUGGUUACACCGCCCUCUGCUGAGGCCAAGCCCCCUGAGGCAGCUAGGGCUCCAGAUGAGCCUGCUCCAGCCAGCAAGUGCUGCAGCAAGCCACAGGUGGACAUGCGGAAGCACGUGACCAUGACCCUGCUGGACACAGAGCAGUCAUACGUGGAGUCACUGCGCACCCUGAUGCAGUUCUCCAAGGAUGUCCUGGUCAACAUCUAUUCUGCCUAUAUUGAUAACUUUCUCAACGCAAAGGAUGCUGUGCGUGUGGCUAAGGAGGCAAAGCCUGCCUUUCUCAAGUUCCUGGAGCAAAGCAUGCGUGAGAACAAGGAGAAGCAGGCGCUGUCCGACCUCAUGAUCAAGCCUGUACAGCGGAUCCCACGCUAUGAGCUUCUGGUGAAGGACCUCCUGAAGCACACGCCUGAGGACCACCCGGACCACCCACUCCUGCUGGACGCACAGCGGAACAUCAAGCAGGUGGCUGAGCGCAUCAACAAGGGCGUGCGGAGUGCCGAGGAGGCAGAGCGGCACGCCCGAGUGCUGCAGGAGAUUGAGGCUCACAUCGAGGGCAUGGAGGACCUCCAGGCCCCUAUGCGGCGGUUCCUGAGGCAGGAGAUGGUCACUGAAGUGAAGGCAGUUGGUGGCAAAAAGGACCGGUCCCUAUUCCUGUUCACGGACCUCAUCAUCUGCACCACCCUGAAGCGGAAGUCGGGUUCCCUGCGGCGCAGCUCCAUGAGCCUGUACACAGCAGCCAGCGUCAUUGACACGGCUAGCAAAUAUAAACUCCUGUGGAAGCUGCCGUUGGAAGACGCGGACAUCAUCAAAGGGGCAUCCCAAGUCACCAAUCGGGAGAACAUCCAGAAGGCCAUCAGCCGCCUAGAUGAGGACCUGACCACCCUGGGCCAGAUGAGCAAGCUCUCUGAGAGCCUUGGUUUCCCCCACCAGAGCCUGGACGACGUGCUGCGGGACCUCUCGGCUGCCAUGCACCGGGACCUGUCAGAGAAGCAGGCGCUGUGCUAUGCGCUUUCCUUCCCCCCUACUAAGUUGGAGCUAUGCACCACGAGGCCUGAGGGCACUGACUCCUUCAUCUUCGAGUUUCCCCACCCUGACGCCCGCCUUGGCUUUGAGCAGGCCUUUGAUGAGGCCAAGAGGAAGCUGGCAUCCAACAAAAGCUGUCUAGACCCUGAGUUCCUGAAGGCCAUCCCCAUCAUGAAAACACGCAGUGGCAUGCAGUUCUCGUGCGCGGCCCCGACCCUGAGCAGCUGCCCUGAACCCACGCCGGAAGUGUGGGUGUGCAACAGUGAUGGCUACGUAGGCCAGGUGUGCCUGCUGAGCCUCCGCGCCGAGCCAGAUGUGGAGGCCUGUAUCGCCGUCUGUUCUGCUCGCAUCCUCUGCAUUGGGGCGGUGCCUGGGCUGCAGCCACGUUGCCACCGGGAGCGGCCUUCAUCCCUGCAGGGCCCCCAGGAGUCAGCACCUGAGACCACUGGGCCUGAAAUGGAUGUUGAGGCCUCGGAGGAAGAAGCAGUGACGCUGGCUGAGCCAGGACCCCAGGCCUGCCUGCACAUCUCCAUUGCAGGCUCAGGCCUCGAGAUAGCGCCAGGCCCCACUGACAGUGACCCCCGCCCGGAAUUGGUGCCUUUUGACAGUGACUCAGACGAUGAGUCUUCACCCAGCCCAUCAGGGACCCUGCAGAGUCAGGCCAGCCGGUCCACCAUCUCCUCUAGCUUUGGCAAUGAGGAGACCCCAAGCUCCAAGGAAGCCACGGCAGAGACAACCAGUUCAGAGGAGGAGCAAGAGCCUGGCUUCCUGCCACUGUCGGGCUCCUUUGGGCCUGGAGGUCCCUGUGGCACCAGCCCAAUGGAUGGGAGAGCCCUUCGCCGCUCCAGCCGUGGCUCCUUCACCCGAGGCAGCCUCGAGGACCUACUGAGCGUUGACCCUGAGGCCUAUCAGAGCUCCGUGUGGCUGGGCACUGAGGACGGCUGUGUCCACGUGUACCAGUCCUCCGACAGCAUCCGUGAUCGCAGGAACAGCAUGAAGCUCCAGCACACAGCCUCGGUCACCUGCAUCCUGUACCUGAAUAACCAGGUGUUUGUAUCUCUGGCUAAUGGGGAACUUGUGGUCUACCAAAGAGAAGCAGGUCGUUUCUGGGACCCUCAGAACUUCAAAUCGGUGACCCUGGGUGCUCAGGGGAACACCAUCACUAAGAUGGUGUCUGUGGGUGGGCGGCUGUGGUGUGGCUGCCAGAACCGAGUCCUUGUCCUGAGCCCUGACACGCUGCAGCUAGAGCACACAUUCUACGUGGGGCAGGAUUCUAGCCGCAGCGUGGCUUGUAUGGUGGACUCCAGCUUGGGCGUGUGGGUGACAUUGAAAGGUAGUGCCCACGUGUGUCUCUACCAUCCAGACACCUUUGAGCAGCUGGCAGAGGUAGAUGUCACACCUCCCGUGCACAGGAUGCUGGCAGGCUCGGACGCCAUCAUCCGGCAGCACAAGGCUGCCUGCCUGAGGAUCACAGCACUGCUGGUUUGUGAAGAGCUGCUAUGGGUGGGCACCAGUGCUGGCGUCGUGCUCACCAUGCCCACCUCACCCAGUACUGUCAGCUGCCCUCGAGCUCCCCUCAGCCCCACUGGCCUAGGCCAGGGACACACUGGCCACGUCCGCUUCCUGGCUGCAGUCCAGCUGCCAGAUGGCUUCAGCCUGCUCUGCCCAACCCCACCGCCUCCCCCAGACACAGGUCCUGAGAAGCUGCCAUCACUGGAGCACCGGGACUCCCCUCGGCACCGAGGACCCACCUCAGCCAAGCCUAAAAUGCUAGUUAUCAGUGGAGGUGAUGGCUAUGAGGACUUCCGACUCAGCAGCGGGGGUGGCGGCAGCAGUGAGACUGUGGGCCGAGAUGACAGCACAAACCACCUCCUCCUAUGGAGGGUGUGACCCUGUCCACUGUGGCUCAGGACUUGUCCGCCCACCUGCCCUCAGCCUGCUUGCCUCUUCCUAGCCCACACACAGACUCUGCCCAGGAGUGCCCAACCAGGGGCACACCUGUGCCUGCAUGGGCUCUUCCCAUCCUUGCAGAAGCAUUCCUGAUGGAACACCUGUGGCCAGUGGGCCAAGGCCUUUCCCAAUCCUCUGGCUGCUCCAAUGCUCCCAGUCGUGAUGGGGGUGGGGUGGGGGGCAUGUGGGCUUCCCAGGACCUCUGUCCCAGGAGCUUCUACCAAAGACACGGCCGGGCCUAGACCCCAUGAGGCUUGGGAGUGCCAUGUGCAAUAUUUGGAGGGUUUUCUGGGGGCAUUGGGAGGGCUAGGGGAUGGAAUCCUUUCCUAUGUACAGUAUUUAUGUUUCUUUUUAGAUGUGUACCUUCCCAAGCACUUAUUUAUGCAAUGACCUGGGGCAGGGAUUGGAUGAAAUGAUAGAAGGAAGAAAACCCUAUUCCUGCCCUGGGGGCCACCCAGGACCCUAACCAAGCCUUCCUGGAGGGACCAGUCCCCCCUUGUUAUAUACAUACGCGCGUGUGUACACAUACAUACAUACAUACACACACACACACACACACACACACACUGCAUGUUCAGGACACUAAAACACUGCUGCUUAACAUACACUUUCCACAGCCUCAUCCUGAUUGGGCCACCCUUUGGUAUCCAGAGCCAAGGACCAAGUCCCCUCAGUCAUCCAGAACAAGAUGAUGACUUGGAGGGCAGUGACUCCCAUCUGGCAGGCCUCCCCAGGCCUUACUUAGCAUUUCCUAGUUUGUUGGCAGUGCCUUUGGUGGUUUCCACACUUGGGAACACUGAUAGGGCCUUGGACAGGGCUCUCUCCUUACCUGAACAGGGAAGAGAAAGGGCCCGUGCCCUCCUCACAGUUGCCCCCCAGCCCUUGUCUCAUGCACUGGCACAUACGGUCACCUUGGGAGGGUGGACCUAGGAGCCUCCUCACUCUGACCACUGAAUCCCUCUUUCACACCCUUCCUGCCAGAGGCAGCCCCUCCAGGAAGGACCCCAAAGCUGAGGGGCUGGACAUGGUCUCUUCAAUUGGGAACCACCCAAGGGCUGCCACCCCUGCAUCUGGACUGCAGGAGCCAGUCUGAGCCCUAGCCCCCUUGCUGCUUCAGCUACAGCUCCAAAGGUCUGGUUUCAGAUAGGGUUUGUUUGGUUCUGUUUUUGUUUGGGAUGGGUGGGUCAUUGCGGUCUUAGAUUAUGUUUCUCUUGCUACCAGUCAUGUAUUAACUUGCCUUGAAUGAUGAAUUUUAAAGUCAAUAAAUAGGAACACCGAAUUAUUGUUCCCCAUCGGCAGCCACAGUGGCCUACCAGCAACCUCAGGACUCCCCAGCUGUGUGGGCCUCCCGACACCCACUCACUUGGGGAAAAGGGAGGCCUCAGAGAACCAGAAGGGGGCUGGGAUGGUGAGACUAUCACUGACUUGCUGUGUUAUCCCAGUCAGGUCACUGUCCCUAUCUGGACUGCAGUUUCCUAAUCAGGAAAACAAGGGGUUGUACUUUGUAAGCAGGGUUAGGUGUUAAAAUUCCUUAUAGAUCCGUGUCUAAAUAUAAAGCAUGAUGCAAUUAUAUGUCCAUGUAAAUAAACAUUCCCAGGCUCCCCUCAA